AUGGCGCUCUUCCACGUCGCGCGGUACACGGGGCCCGAGGCGGCCGCGGCGGAGGCCGAGGCGGACGGCCGUGCCCGCGCGCUGCUCGAGCGGCUGCAGUGCCGGGCCCGGGAGCGGCAGCGGCAGCGGCAGCCGCGGCAACAGGAGCCGGAGGAGGCCACGCCGGCCGCGGGGUCGGCGGGGAAGCGGCGGCGGCGGCCCCGCAGGCCGCGGAGGCGCCAGAGCAGCUGGACGCCGGGGAGCAAGCGGCGGAAAGCGGACGGCGGGGACGCCGGCGCAGACAGCAGCGAGGAGGCGCCGGGGGACGGCAGCGUGGACGCCGAGGCUGCGGGGCCGGAGGAGGCCCCAGGCGGACGGCCGCCCGACGAGGCGCGUGGGCCCCCCGCACAGGCCUUGGUGCUGGGCGCGUUCGGGAGGAGCAGGGCGCCGAAGGUCCGACCUUUCCUGCCAGCGUGGCUGGCUGAGCCAAGCUGUGUCGGAAAGAACGUCACUGAAGACCUGGUGCCCAUUGAGGACAUCCCCGAAGUCCACCCUGACCUGCAGAAGAGGCUGCGGGCACAAGGCAUCUCGUCCUACUUCCCAGUCCAGGCUGCGGUCAUCCCCGCUGUCCUGGAGAGCGUGGCCAGCGGGUUUCUGGUGGGCAGAGGUGGCUACCAGCCCAGUGACCUCUGUGUUUCUGCCCCAACGGGCAGUGGGAAGACACUGGCUUUUGUCAUUCCCGUGGUGCAGGCCCUGCUGCCGCGAGUCGUGUGCCAGGUCCGCGCCCUGGUUGUGUUGCCCACCAAGGAGCUGGCCCAGCAGGUGAACAGAGUGUUCAACAUCUACACAGACGCCACCCCUCUGCGCGUCGCCCUGGUCACCGGGCAGAAGUCGCUGGCCAGGGAGCAGGAGAGCCUUGUCCAGAAGACAGCCGACGGCUUCCGCUGCCUGGCUGACAUUGUGGUGGCCACCCCCGGCCGCCUGGUGGACCACAUCGACCAGACGCCGGGGUUCAGCCUCCAGCAGCUCCGCUUCCUGGUCAUCGACGAGGCCGACCGGAUGACGGACAGCAUGCACCAGUCCUGGCUGCCGCGGGUGGUGGCGGCCGCCUUCCCGAAUGACGGGACCAAAGGUCCCUUUGCUCUGCUCCAGAGGAGGCAGCUCCAGGCCGUGACCGCUGCCAGCACCUGCUGUCCCCAGAUGCCACUGCAGAAGCUGCUCUUCUCAGCCACCCUGACCCAGAACCCCGAGAAGCUGCAGCAGCUCGGCCUCUACCAGCCCCGGCUCUUCUCCACGGGGCUGGCUCGUGGAGGCCCCGGAGACGCCAGCGAGGACGUGGACUCGGGUGGGAAGUACACCUUCCCUGUGGGGCUCACGCACCACUACGUGCCCUGCAGCCUGCGUGCCAAGCCUCUGGUCGUCCUGCAUCUCAUCCUGGACAUGAACUUCUCGAGGGUUCUCUGCUUCACCAACUCCCGCGAGAACUCCCACAGGCUCUUCCUGCUGGUCCAGGCCUUCGGGGGUGUGACGGUGGCCGAAUUCUCCUCCCGCUUCGGGCCUGGCCGGAGGAAGACGGUUUUGAAGCAGUUUGAGCAAGGGAAGAUUCAGCUCCUCAUCAGCACAGACGCCACGGCUCGCGGCAUCGACGUGCAGGGCGUGCAGCUGGUGGUCAACUACGACGCCCCCCAGUACCUGCGGACCUACGUGCACCGGGUUGGAAGAACCGCCCGCGCUGGGAACACCGGACAGGCCUUCACACUGCUUCUCAAAGUGCAGGAGAGGAGGUUCCUGCAGAUGCUGGCUGAAGCCGGGGCGCCCGAGCUGGAGCGUCACGACGUGCCCAGCAAGCUCCUGCAGCCGCUGGUCCCGCAGUACGAGGAGGCCCUGGCCCAGCUGGAGAGGGCCGUCAAGGAAGAACGAAGGCAGAAGGCGGCCUAGGCAGGGGCUCGAAGGGCAGGUGGGACCCGAGACCUUCCCGUGCAGCAAGGUGUGUGCCCCUGCUGGGUUAGCCGCCGCUCUGGAAGGAUCCUGGGUACUGGCUGCUGGACGUGUGAGCAAACGACGGAUUCCUCGGGUUUCUGGAAGGGGCCUUCCGCCCCCAGCCCACGUCCUCAGGCCGGGCCCCUGGACACGAAGACCUUUCGUCACUGCGCCAGUCCUGUCUGAGACCGUCAAAGGCACACAAGGUCGGGCUCCGAUCAGGUGCUUUUCUUGGAAGUGGGGCUUUAGUAAACUUGUGGGCACUCCCGCAGAACUGACGGAUGGCGUCUGUCCUGUGUGGCUGGGCAUGGGCUGCUCCGAGUCCUCCCUGUGGGCUGGGAGGUGGCAUGUGUCAUAGCCGACCCGGCAGGUGUCAGCAUCUUCGCAGGUGUCACCACAGACCAGGAAACACAGCUGUGGGGUCACCACCAGGGUACACGACACGCUCACAGCACGAGAUGCUUCAUCAUGAAUGUAACUGAAAUGUUUGUAAGAAGGCUCUUUCCUGAAGUUUAUAUGCUAAUAUUAAGACAAACUUAAUAAGAAUGAACUGGUUUUUUAA